AAACUUUGUUGCUCAUUUUUUUUUUAAACCCAUACAAUUUCUUCUCUGAUAAGUUCGAGUUCAUUUUAAGUGGAACACACUUUUAGAUUUUAAAAAUGGCUUCAGCGAACAAAGCAGUGCUGUUCGCUUCUCUUUUCCUGGCCGUCGUUGCCUGGCAACGAAGACUUCCGUCUGAACACAGCCACCAUCUCGACAUGGUCUUCAUCGAGGCAGACGUCAACCGGGACGGCAUUUUGGACAGGAAUGAAUUUUACCAAAGUUUCAAAGUGUACGACUUGAACAACGACGGCAACGUGACGAAGCACGAAUACAUGGACUACAACAACGUCAUCAUGCCCCAUCACUCCCAUAUCGUAGAGCCCAUGUUUAACUGGUACGACACGAACAAGGACGGACAACUCAACCAACAAGAUUACGUGACUUUCUUCCCUUUGAUGGACACCAACGGUGAUGGCUUGGUUACGGAACUUGAGUUUGAUACCUACUGGGGACAUGUGUUCAAAGACCAUGCAAAAUAAAGACUUCCUUUUAAAAUCAAGAAAUAAAAACUUAAUCCAU